AUGGCAACUGCCAAGAAUAGCUUCCCCCUCUCCAUGGUGAUAACAUUAUUGUGUCUAGCAAUUUGCAUCAACACCACCUCCGCCACGCGCCGCCUCCUGCAAAUCCCCGGCGCCCCACCGUUGCCGACGAUGCCAACAAUUCCCUCUCUUCCUCAACCAAGCUUACCACAAAUGCCAUCCAUUCCUAACAUGCCAACCGCUACACUUCCCCCUUUGCCAGCAAUGCCUGCCUUCAACUUGCCUAAUAUGCCUCUCCCUACUUUGCCUUCCGCCCCAAAGCUCACUCUUCCCCCCAUGCCGGCUAACAUCCCUCUCCCAACCUCUAUUCCCAACUUUCCGGCGGCUAUCCCCACUCUUUCUCCACCUCCAUCAAACUGA